UUGGCCAGCUAACCACGGAACUACAUUCACAUGAAGCCAAAUAAAGCGACAGUGAGACCGUUAUUGCUUGAUUGUGACAACCACGAGCUUGAUGUCGAGUUUCAGUUGUGGUCUGAAAUAUGUUUUGGAGAGGAAAGUAAAGUGGAGGUUUCCAGAGCAGAAGAAGUAGAAGCGAGCGCCGUUGUCUCAGCAAUGUUUCCUCAGACCACUUUUUAUACUCAGGAUUUCAACCUAACAUCACCACCACCACCACCAACAACAACAACACCAUCAUCAUCUUCAUCAUCAUACUCUACCUUCCCAAGCUUUUCACAAGAACCCACACAGUUAGAAGUCUCCGCACCUCAUCCAGGAUGGCAGCUGUAUAUAAGUUAUGGCACCCUGGCAUGUGGAGGCAUCUUGAUUGCAGCACUAGUCGUGAUUAUCAUCGUGUACUGCUGCUUUUACAGAGCGGCAUCACAGGACUUCUCUCCUAAUGACGACCCCCAGGAGCUGAUCACAGAAGGAGGAGACGCUGACUGUCAGGAGAAAACGACUGAUUCUGGAUCAGUGUAUCAGAGUCUGAAUCAGCAUAGGUCAGUGUAUCAGAGUCUGCAGACCAAAAAUGAAAGUGUUUAUGAAUGUAUAGAUGAAAUGAGGACACACAGGGAGACACAGAGCCCAGAUAUCUGGACGGAAGACAAUUAAAGGGAAGUAAACUUGUGGCUUGCUUUGAAGGCCACCUUUUUUUUUUGCCUAAACUAAAAUAUUUUUUUGCCUACAUUGAAGUAUUUGUUUUGCCUACAUUGAAUUUUAUUUUCACUAUAUUGAAAUAUUUUUGUCAAAUUUGAUUUUUAUUGCCUACAUUAAAUAUAUAUUA